AUCUUUCAAUACUACUAAAAUGGCCGAAAAUUGAUUUUUUGUCGCGUCUCCUGAACACGAUUAUGUCUCGUGAAACGAGUUAUUUUUUCACAUGCAAAUGAAAUUGCAAUGUAAUAACAAAACCAACAGUCAUGAAUCAUAAUUCGGUGUUCGCCUUUCCACAUUGAAUGCGAGUUAAUCUUAAUUCGUUCCGAAUUUUAGUGAUUCGCGCGUUUGACGCUCUGACAUUUUCCUGUAUUUUUCGAUGUUUUCUUCAUUUUUAUGGAUUUGUGUAUAUUAUAAAAAUGAGUACCGAAGGCCAGCAUAACUGCGUUCUGUGCGACUCGAAGUUAGGAUCCAAAGAAGCACUGCAGGAACAUUUUAGGAAACAUGCAAAUAAAGAGAUAGACACACGAGGGAAACCUGUAAAGAACUCUAAAAAUGCUGAUACUCAAUGCGACAUAUGUGACAAAUCAUUUGAUACAAUAACUGCAACAAUAAGACACAGAUUUAAAAUGCAUCCUAAUUCACCGACUAAAUUUUAUUGCUCUUAUUGCGGAAAACAAUUUCCUUUACGGACUCAUAGGGAUAAUCAUCAACUUUCGCACGAUUCGUCUGAAAGUAAAAAAAUAGAGCAACACAAAAAAUGUGUGGACUGUGAUGUGGUAUUUUACAACGAAAGAGCUCUGGAUUAUCAUUAUCGUUCCAUUCAUAAAAGAAUGGUAUAUUUAUUUCAACCUAUAGCCACUCCUCCACCUAGCAAUAAAAUCAAACUAAACUCUAUGAACGAUGCUCUAAGUGUAUACUAUUGUCAUUUGUGUGGUGCUGAGUAUGUUAUAAAGUUCAAUUUGCAACAGCAUCUAGAGAAGGCGCAUACUCGAGAGGAAAGAGAGACUGUGCCAGAGGAUUUAAUCAAGUGUACAGUGUGUUCGGCAUUGUUUUAUAACAAAAAGGCCUACAAUGUUCACAAUUCUUAUCAUCAGCCGAAUGACUUAUAUGUAACUUCUGAACAACAGAGAGUGCAGACAGUCACUAAAGUUGAUCAAGAUUUUGAUAUUAGAAGAGUGGAAGCUGUAGCUGAUAAAUAUAUACCGCGACCUAAAAGACCGCUCAAGCACAGAACAAAGUUAAAUAAAACGCGGAAGACAGACACAGAGGGGACAAAGAGCGAGAGCUCUUCAGACGAUCCUGCUGGUACCAACGAGUCCAGCGAUUCAGAAAGCGAUAUUCCAUUGGAACAACGAAUCGCUAGCUAACAGAGGUUUCCUAUUUAAUCUUGAAAGAUUUUGUAUCCCGUUUCGAGGGAGCUUUGUUGUAAGAAAUAAGUUUACUAUUGCAAUCCUGGUUAUCAAGCUGA